AGUUUCCCUUCAGCCACUUCCGGGUCCUGCGCCGUUCCGGAAGCCCGCGAGUUCCGGAAGCGUGGGUCGCCCUGCCUCGGCUAGGAAAAGCCCAGCUUGGCGGAGGACGCUUGAGAAAAGGUUCCGCGGCGCCCGGGCGUCCCGCAGAGCCCGCAGCUCCUGGCAAGUAUGAGGCAAGGGUCUCUUGAAGCAGACUUGAAGCACAUCUCUCCACCACGUUGUGGGUAGGCCGGUGAGUGCUGAAGGGGCCGUAGGAAUGGGGAAAGCUGAGACGGUAAUAGAAGAUUGCCACUGCUUGCUGUUCCCUAAUUGUAUGUUUCCUAGGCAGCUUCAGAGAAGACAUGUCUGGCAGAGAAGAGAAUAUGAAGAGUGCAGACAGAGUGCUGAGGAUAAGUCAGCUGGAUGCACUUGAACUGAACAAGGCACUGGAGCAGCUCGUGUGGUCCCAGUUUACUCAGUGCUUUCAUGGAUUCAAGCCAGGGCUGUUAGCUCGCUUUGAACCAGAAGUGAAAGCACUUCUGUGGCUUUUCCUAUGGAGGUUCACCGUCUACUCCAAAAAUGCGACUGUGGGGCAGUCAGUAUUGAAUAUUCGGUACAAAAAUGAUUCUCUUUCCAACCCAAGAUACCAAACACCAAGCAAAAAUCAGAAACUGGGGUAUGCUGUGUGCACCAUUGGGGGUAGGUGGUUAGAAGAACGAAGUUAUGAUUUGUUUCGAAACCGUCAUUUAGCGUCUUUCGGGAAAGUCAAACAGUGCAUGAAUUUUGUGGUUGGACUUUUAAAACUGGGUGAGUUGUUGAACUUCUUGAUUUUCCUGCAGAAAGGAAAGUUUGCAACUUUGACAGAACGCCUCCUUGGCAUUCAUUCUGUAUUUUGCAAGCCCCAGAACAUGCGUGAAGUUGGCUUUGAGUACAUGAAUAGGGAACUUCUCUGGCAUGGCUUUGCCGAAUUUCUGAUUUUUCUUUUACCACUCAUCAACAUCCAGAAGUUGAAAGCCAAAUUGUCUUCCUGGUGCAUCCCCCUCACUGGAGCUGCUGCUAGUGACAGUACGCUAUCCAGCAGUGGCAAAGAGUGUGCUCUGUGUGGAGAGUGGCCCACAAUGCCACACACCAUUGGAUGUGAGCAUGUGUUCUGUUACUACUGUGUUAAAAGCAGCUUCCUGUUUGACAUGUACUUUACCUGCCCUAAGUGUGGCACAGAAGUGCACAGUGUGCAGCCUCUGAAAUCGGGAAUUGAAAUGUCAGAAGUGAAUGCUCUUUAGAAACCAAAUUGUUUCCUCUGAGAAAAAUGCAUUAUGUCCAAGUCCUUGGCAUUAGUCAUCCUCAGUAUUGUAUGUAGGUGUCUUUUAAAAGGCAUGUGCUGUUCAUCCCCGUCUUCUUCCUUUCCAAGCACAACUGAAUUCUAAUCACUGGAAACUAAAUGAUACUAGAGAAUCUUGUAAAUGUUCAUGCUAUUUUUUAGAUCACCUAUUACAUGUCUUAAUGUCAAGAAUAAUGGAAAAUUUUUGUCAGAUGAAUACUAAGAAUGACUAAGAAUGUUCCUUCAUAGAAAAAGGUCAGACUCCAAAAAUAAAAGACUUUUGAGACUCUGA